UGUGGGAGGGGUCUCCUGGAGGUCACGUGGUCUGAGCCUUUGUUGAUUUGAGAAAGAACAGGAGGACAAAAAAAAAAAAGUCCCGGUCCCACUGUGCGUCCGACCGACUGCUUACGUGAAUCCUCCCCGGCGAACACUCGCUCCGCUUCGGCCUGGAUGCUGCUGGAAGCCCCUUUUGGACUUUUCCCUGGAUCUUUUUUUUUUUUUUGGUCCGCGGCGAUCCGCGUUUCUCCCCGCCCGGUUUGAGUGCGAGGCAGCUGGGCUGCAUGGGGGAUGGAGGCUCAGUGAGUCCGGGCUGUGAGCGGACUGAUUUUGAAGGGGUGUCGGAGGUGUGGGGGGUCGGUGUGUGAAGAAGAAGCCCCAGGCCCUGCUUUGCUUUGUUAUCCCGGGCUCUGUUUAGCAGCAGCCCUCCUCCCUUCCUCGGCUUUCUCAUCGUGUUUUCCAGCCUAUUUCUCCCCCGUGUUUCUCCGUGCGUGGAACCGUUUUCCUCGCAGACACUGGAAGGAGUUCUUGGAGAGAGGGAGAGGGAAACACACAUGGAGAUAUUUAGGAUUUAACCCCCGCAACGUAUUCCGUAUCCCUCUUUUUCUGCGGCGUGUUUUUCUAUUGAUGAUUUUGUUCAGCUUCUUUUGAAGGACGAAUCCAGAAAAAAAGACCCUUUUUAUAUCUGUUUCUCUCUCUCUUUACGCUUUGUAUCAUCUGUCUACUCAUCCAUCUCUCCCUGUGUACCUCUAUCCCCUUAAAUCCCCCCUUUCCACCUCCAUCUGUCUCUCUUUUUUUCCUACCUUUCAGUCUCUACCUCUCCCCUCUGUCUGUCUCCACCCCUCCAUCUAUCUCUCCUUAAUUUCCUACCUUUCAGUCUCUGUCUGCCUCCAUCCCUCCGUCUGUCUCUGUGGAUGUCCUCCCUCCUCCCGCCGCCCUCCAUCAUGGCUCCGGUGUGCCGGUUCUCCUGGUUCCGCUGCCUGCUGGUUCUGCUGGUUCUCCCCGCCGCCCGGAGCUCGUUCGCCCGCAGCGGAGGCAGCAGCAGUGCGGACUGCGGCCCCGGGAAGGCCGCCGACUGCCCCGAUAUAUCGGAGAAGAAGAGCGACCUGCGAGUGUGUGACGCCGGGACGUGUCGCUUCGGAGGAACCUGCCGCGAGAACGGAGCCGACAUCAAAUGCGUCUGCCAGUUCCACUGUAAUAAGAAGUACGUCCCCGUGUGCGGGACCAACGGAGACACGUACCAGAACGAGUGCUUCCUGAGGCGCGCCGCCUGCAAGAAACAGCGAGCCAUCACCAUCCUGUCAGAGGGAGCCUGUUACCACGACGGUGCUUCAGGAUCUGGUGACGGAGAUGACGAGGGCUCUGGGCGCGGUAAAAAGGUCUCCAAAUGUGGAAACUGCAAGUUUGGAGCCGAAUGUGACGAAGACUCUGAGGAUAUGCUCUGCAUGUGCAACAUCGUGUGCAACGGCCACAACGAUAACCCGGUGUGCGGUGGCGACGGCGUCACCUACGACACGCCCUGCCACGUCCGAGAGGCAUCCUGCCUCAAACAGCUCAAGAUCGACAUCAAACACGUGGGACGUUGCCAAGAUAAAAGUAGGAAGGAUGACAGCGUGAAGACCAAGCCCCCCAUCUUCGCCGUGCCGAAGCCUGGCGAGGGGGAGGAGUUUGAGGACAGCCCCGCCCCCUGCUCGGAAGACUACGCCCAGUUCUGUGAGCACGGCCAGUGUGAGCUGAGACACAACCUGCCCACCUGCAGGUGUGAGGCAGCGUACGGUGGUCCCCAGUGUGACCAGCUGCUGGACUUUAACAUCCUGUACGUGGUGCCCAGCGGUCAGAAGCUGCACUACGUGCUCAUCGCCGCCAUCAUCGGCGCCGUUCAGAUCGCCGUCAUCGUAGCUGUGGUCAUGUGUUUCACCAGGAGGUGCAACAAGACGAAGCGCGGGCGGCGACAGAAGCAGCACCUCGGCCACUUCCCAUCGGGAACGUCCUCCAGGAUGAUGUAG